CUGCUGCCUUCUCCAAUGCAGGCUCUGUGGCUCAGCAGGUUGCGAAAGCCCCAGGAGUACAUAAAGCUGUCCUUGUCUGGGCAGUGCCACCACCAUCAACAUUUGGGCUCUCAAGAAGCUCCAGGAACCAGCACUGUCUGUAAGGAACCCUGCUGUUGUGGGCUGGGGACAACCAGGGACAGGAUGGCUCACACAGAGAGAGCUCUGCCCUGGCUGCUGCUGCUGUCACUGUCCUUGCUGGGCAGCAGCACUGCAGAGCGGGACUGCCGAGUAAGCAGCUUCAAAGUCAAGGAGAACUUCGACAAGACCAGGUACAGUGGCACCUGGUAUGCUAUGGCAAAAAAAGAUCCUGAGGGGCUGUUUCUGCAGGACAAUGUGGUAGCCCAGUUCACUGUAGAUGAGAAUGGACAAAUGACUGCCACUGCAAAGGGCAGAGUCAGACUCUUCAAUAACUGGGAUGUCUGUGCUGACAUGAUCGGCUCUUUCACUGACACAGAGGAUCCUGCCAAGUUCAAGAUGAAGUACUGGGGUGUCGCCUCUUUUCUUCAGAAAGGAAAUGAUGAUCACUGGGUAGUGGACACAGAUUAUGAUACAUACGCUCUUCACUACUCCUGCCGCCAACUAAAUGCAGAUGGCACUUGUGCUGACAGCUACUCCUUUGUGUUCUCCCGGGACCCCAAGGGAUUGCCUCCAGAUGCACUGAAAAUUGUCAGACAAAGGCAGAUAGACCUCUGUUUGGACAGAAAAUACAGAGUUAUCGCUCACAAUGGAUUUUGCUCUUAAGGAGAUCCAACCCUGUGGCAAGAAACCACGUAACAGCACCACGGAUGUAAAGUUAACACAUUGAUCAUGUGUUCUCUGGAAAAUGCUUUAAAUGGCUUCAUUUAGAUUUUCAAUAUAUUUAUCUGAGCUGUGUAGCUCACCUUGUUAAUAAACCAAUGAAACAUUUUAAUAAACUUGGAUUACAGGGGAUGCAAAUUGUAUGUAAAUCUGUAUGUAGGUAGACACUACCUAAUGGUUUCAUUAGUAGCCUGUUAUCUUAGUGCAAUGUUUUGAGCUGGUGACACAUGGUGAUAAUCAAGAAUUUAAUCUUGCUUUUUUUAGUGGUUUCAAUUUCUGACUAAAAGAGUAUUUAUCAUGAACUUCCAAGCAUAUGUAUUUUCUUUCCAAAUAGAACACUAAAUUUUCUCUAUAAAAUACUGGAAAUCAUUUAGAAAAGAGAAAGGAAUUUCAGUGACCCUAUAUAUCACUAAUGAACUUUAUUAUAUGACUAGUGAACAUUAAAAAUAAGCAUAUUUUAAAAAGAA